AUGACUGUGGCAGUGGGUCUGACAGCCUACUGGCUAUGGCAAGCUUUGGACUUCACCGUCAACAAUAAAACCGUUGCCAACAUUGACACAAUGCAAUUCCCUAUAGGACAAGUACAUUUCCCUGCGGUGACCGCCUGCAGUUUCAACCUGGUUAGCCGGAGAGCCGCACUUAGACUUCUUGGUAACUGGACAUUUCCUCGAAACAUAAGCAAGGACCAAGUCUUUGAAGAGAUGCGAUUAUUACCUAUUGCCAUGUUUCGAGGCAGAAGUGCAUUUUUAGCACCAAACGCUUUGAAAACCACCCUCUUUCUGAAUAAAGUGUCAAUUGAAACGCUGAUGAAGGAACUUGCAGUACCUUGUGAUGAGCUGAUUGUAAGAUGUGCUUGGCAAGAUAAGACUCAAGAUUGUCGCAAAAUGUUCCGUAUGGUCAAGACAUUCGAGGGCUACUGUUGCGCCUUCAACUACAUUGGAGAUCACAACAGCUCAUUUGAGGAGACAGAGAAUGGUCCACAUCCUUUAGAAAAAAGUGUCGCAACAACAGGCAGUGAUGACGGACUUGUAAUCCUCGUGAGAACUGACAAGAACGACUAUCACGCCACGAUGUUCUCCUCCUAUGGUACCAAAUUACUGAUCAGUCGCCCUCGCAGCUACAUCUCAGAGACAGCUCGUCUAGUCGUGGUCGCUCCUUCUACCCUCAUCAUGGUGUCAUACACUCCUGCGCUCACCACCACCAGUGCAGAGGUGAAGGCUCUCGACACCAGCUUGAGAGAUUGUGUCAUUGAAAACGAGGUGAGUUUGGCCUACUUCAAGUUGUACACCUAUCACAACUGUCUGGAGGAAUGCAAGAUCAACAUCACGGAGAGAUACUGCGGAUGUGUUCUCACUACAUACUACACAACCAAUAUGGAUAGGGUGUGUGACUUAAAUGACUUGCCGUGCUUAGCUUCUCAUCAAGCCCUGAUCAACUCGUACAUGCUGAGUGAUGAGUUCACACAUGUUGACGUUCAGCAGCUAAGGACCAAGUGGCCGACACCGUGUGCCCUGAUCAACUCGUACAUGCUGAGUGAUGAGUUCACACAUGUUGACGUUCAGCAGCUAAGGACCAAGUGGCCGACACCGUGUGGUUGCAAGCCGAGGUGCUACUACACUCAGUACAGUCUACAGUAA